AUCUACAUUUAUUCACCUCAACCACGUCACACCAAUUGCGAUAUACCCGCCUUUUGUUUUUCCCCCCUUCGUUGCAGACAGACAAGGUAGAACGGGCAGCCUGCCGAAAAAAAAAAAUAAACACAAUGCUGGCCAGUCGUUUAAUAUCGCGGACCGCUGUGCGAUCUGCUCUCCGCCCAUCUUCCCUUCCCUCAGUCGUCGCACCCCUAUCGCGAUGGAGAAGGGGAUAUGCUACCGAAGCAGAGGAAAAAGAUCUCGUCAUCAUCGGCGGUGGAGUGGCAGGAUAUGUCGCAGCUAUCAAGGCUGGACAGGAGGGCUUAAAGGUCGCUUGCAUUGAGAAACGCGGCAGGCUCGGCGGCACCUGUCUCAACGUUGGCUGUAUUCCUUCGAAAUCCCUCCUCAAUAACUCGCAUUUGUACCACCAAAUCCUCCACGACACCAAGAACCGAGGUAUCGAAGUCGGUGAUGUCCAGCUUAACCUACAAGCUAUGAUGAAGGCCAAGGAUACUUCCGUCAGCGGUCUUACCAAGGGUAUCGAAUUCCUCUUCAAGAAGAACGGCGUCGAGUACAUCAAGGGCACUGGUUCCUUCGCUAGCGAGCACGAGAUCAAGGUCCAGCUGAUCGAUGGCGGCGAGACGAGCGUAGUUGGCAAGAACAUCCUUAUCGCUACCGGUUCCGAAUCGACGCCGUUCCCCGGACUCGAGUUCGACGAGAAGCGCGUUGUCACCAGCACCGGCGCACUAUCCCUCGAAAAGGUGCCCGAGAAGCUGAUCGUCAUUGGUGGUGGUAUCAUCGGUCUUGAGAUGGGUUCCGUGUGGUCGAGACUAGGUGCCAAGGUUACCGUCGUCGAAUUCCUAAACCAGAUUGGUGGCCCCGGCAUGGACGCCCAGAUUGCCAAGGAGGCGCAAAAGGUGCUCAAGAAACAGGGCAUAGAAUUCAAGCUCGGCACCAAGGUUAUCGGCGGAGAAAACACUGGCGACAACGUUAAGCUCCAGGUGGACUCUGCUAAGGGUGGCAAGCCCGAAUCGCUCGAGGCGGAUGUUGUCCUAGUUGCCAUUGGUCGUCGUCCCUACACCGCCGGACUCGGUCUCGAGAACAUCGGCCUGGAGCUCGAUGAACGCGGCCGUGUCGUUAUCGACUCCGAGUACCGAACAAAGGCCUCCCACAUCCGAUGCAUUGGUGACUGCACAUUCGGCCCUAUGCUUGCCCACAAGGCCGAAGAAGAAGCUGUCGCCGCUGUCGAGUACAUCAAGAAGGGAUACGGGCACGUCAACUACGGCGUUAUCCCGUCCGUCAUGUACACGCACCCUGAAGUCGCUUGGGUCGGUCAGAGCGAGCAGGACCUGAAGUCGCAGAACAUCCCGUACAAGGUCGGAACAUUCCCCUUCAGCGCCAACUCGCGUGCCAAGACCAACCUAGACACGGAAGGCUUCGUUAAGAUGAUUGCGGACCCCGAGACAGAUAGGCUACUAGGUUGCCACAUCAUCGGAACUAACGCGGGUGAGAUGAUCGCCGAGGCCACGCUCGCCCUCGAGUACGGCGCAUCGACGGAGGAUAUCGCGCGCACGUGCCACGCACACCCGACGCUCGCCGAGGCUUUCAAGGAAGCGGCUAUGGCGACUUACUCUAAGGCUAUCCACUUUUAAAGGGGGCGGUGUGUAAAUAUAGAGAGGAGAGAAAGGGUACAGGAGAAAGGGAGCAUGUAGACAGAGGAUGAAGGGAUUGACUAAAAACUAUCAGGCUGGAGGGCUAGCAUCGGUGUAAUGGUGUACAUUAAUACAGCAUGUGGACAAAGUAAAGCGAAAACUAUCUAUGAACGAAGUAUGUGCUACGAGAUGUUUCAUCCGGCAAUUGUGGUGUUGUGUUUGCUAUUACUGUUGACUGUUUAGACUCUACACUUGGUCCAAUUAGUAACUGAGCUAUUAUUAUGUUUGAUUGUUUGA